GCAGAACCAGCACGCCUCUCCCGACGUGGAGAAAUCUAGGGCGGGCGCCGCCCCUCAGAUUGCGGUUGCGCGCAGGCCAGGUCGGGCCGGGGGCCCGGCGCGGCGGCCGGGAGCGUGCGCAGGCGCGGGGGAGCGCUGGGAUUCAUGGCGGAAGUGGACCUGGUCGCCGAGUUCCCCCAGCCCGCCGGUGCUGCGCGCUGGGCCGAGGUGAUGGCUCGCUUCGCCGCCCGGCUGGGCGCGCAGGGACGACGGGUAGUGCUGGUGACGUCCGGCGGCACCAAGGUCCCGCUGGAAGCUCGGGCAGUGCGCUUCCUGGACAACUUCAGCAGCGGGCGGCGCGGGGCCACCUCGGCCGAGGUCUUCCUGGCGGCGGGCUACGGGGUCCUGUUCCUCCACCGCGCUCGCUCUGCCUUCCCCUUUGCCCACCGCUUCCCUCCCCAGACCUGGCUGUCGGCGCUGCGGCCCACCAGCCCAGCCACUUCGGGCUUACUGAGCCUGGAGGUCGAGGAGAAGGCGCUCCCGGGCUUCGCGGCGGCUCUGAGGCGCUACCAGGAAGCGGCGGCCGCCGGCACCUUCCUGGCGAUAGAGUUCACCACUUUGGCGGACUAUUUGCAUCUGCUGCAGGCUGCGGCCCAGGCCCUCAAUCCGCUAGGCCCCUCUGCGAUGUUUUACCUGGCUGCGGCCGUGUCAGAUUUCUAUGUUCCUGUCUCUGAAAUGCCUGAACACAAGAUCCAGUCAUCUGGGGGCCCACUGCAGAUAACAAUGAAGAUGGUGCCAAAAAUGCUUUCUCCUUUGGUUAAAGACUGGGCUCCCAAAGCAUUUAUAAUUUCCUUUAAGUUGGAGACUAAUCCCUCCAUCAUAAUUGACCGUGCACGGAAUGCUUUGGAAAUGUAUCGACAUCAAGUGGUGGUGGCUAAUAUCCUUGAGUCACAACGGUCCUUUGUCAUUAUUAUAACCAAAGACUCAGAAACUAAGUUAUUGCUAUCAGAGGAAGAAAUAGAAAAAGGCAUGGAAAUAGAAGAGAAGAUAGUGGAUGAUCUUCGGUCCCGACACACAGCUUUUAUACAAGACAAAAAUUGAAGGAUCAAAAACUAUAGGGUCAAAAAUUGUUCAGUGGACCAGGGCUCUUACAGAUGGUGAGAACUAGAAUAAGUCCUUUGCUUUCAUAAAGACAGAGAAAAUGAAGGGAAAAAGCAGUGAGUGGUGUGCAGGCGAAUAUGGUUUGCUAUUUGUCUUUUAAAGGUCAAUUAGUACCCAUUAAAAAUGAAAACAAAAGCAAAACAAUUAUGACUUACCCACCUGACACAUUCACCUGGAUGUCAUCUUGAUUUUAAAAUGAGCAUGAGCUGUUUCUCACCCUUAAAAAAAAGAGCUUAUUGGGAAUUAUAUUCCUUAAAAUAUACAUGUGGGGCCUGAAUAUCAACCAUCUUCACUAUAAAGUGGAUUAUGGUUUCAUGAAUGGCCAUGCUUUGAAGAUCAGUUGUUGAUGCCUACUAUGUGGUAGGCCUUAAUGAUUAUGAGGAUUAAAAAGAUGAAUAAACAUGUCUAGUUUGGGAAAUGGAUAUAUAAAAAAUUAAGUGCAAUAAAGUGUGUGCCCAAAAGUUGA